AUCCUAAUGAGACUUAGCUUUUUUGAUCACUCUCAUUCUUUAAAGCAAAAGCAAAUUACAAAAAUUAUUUCUAAUUUGCAUUCUCUAAAUUAAAUAGUUAAACUAGAAGAUGUGCAGCAAAAGGGCAUCACAAUAUCACAAAGUAGAAAUACCUCCACCACAACCUUUCUUGAAAUCACUAAAGAACACUCUCAAUGAGAUCCUUUUCGCCGACGAUCCGUUUCGCAAAAUCAGAAACGAAUCGAAAACGUCAAAAAAGAUCGAGUUAGGGUUGAGACACGUGUUCCCAAUCUUGGAAUGGGCUCGUGGUUACAGUUUGGGGUAUUUGAAAUCAGACGUUAUCUCAGGGAUCACAAUUGCUAGUCUUGCUAUUCCUCAAGGGAUUAGCUAUGCUCAGCUAGCUAAUCUCCCUCCUAUUCUUGGUCUUUACUCAAGCUUGGUGCCGCCGUUGGUAUACGCGAUAAUGGGAAGUUCAAGAGAUUUAGCGGUGGGAACAGUGGCGGUGGCCUCGCUGUUGACGGGAGCGAUGUUAGGGAAAGAGGUAAACGCGGUGCAGAAUCCAAAGCUUUACCUUCACUUAGCUUUCACUGCCACUUUUUUCGCCGGACUCAUGCAAACGUGCCUUGGCCUCUUACGGUUAGGGUUCGUGGUGGAGAUAUUGUCGCAUGCGGCGAUUGUAGGGUUCAUGGGUGGUGCCGCGACGGUGGUGUGUCUGCAGCAACUGAAAGGCUUACUUGGCCUCAUUCACUUCACUCAUUCCACUGAUAUAGUCUCUGUUCUCUGCUCCAUUUUCUCUCAAUCUCAUAUGUGGAAAUGGGAGAGUGGAUUGCUAGGGUGUUGCUUCCUCAUCUUCCUCCUUACAACCAAACACAUUAGCAAGAAGAGACCAAAGCUAUUCUGGAUAUCUGCAAUGUCUCCACUUGUUUCUGUCAUUUUUGGAAGCCUUUUCAUGUACUUCCUCCAUGACCAUUUCCAUGGCAUUCCAUAUAUUGGAGAAUUAAAGAAAGGGAUAAAUCCACCGUCAAUCACACAUUUGGUAUUCACGUCACCUUAUGUCACGUUGGCUCUCAAAAUCGGCAUUAUCACUGGAGUCAUAGCUCUCGCUGAAGGGAUUGCAGUGGGGAGAAGCUUUGCAAUGUACAAGAAUUACAACAUAGAUGGGAACAAAGAGAUGAUAGCCUUUGGGGUGAUGAACAUUCUUGGUUCCUUCUCCUCUUGCUAUCUCACUACCGGUAAUCUACCAUUUUGA